AUGGCACAUUUGACUCGAGAAGAAGUCUUGAAGUCUGGGGAAGUGGCACCCGAGUAUAGAAAGGCAUUCGAAGCCCGUCCAGUCUCCAUCGAGGGCCCAGACUUCUUCACCCAACGCGCCGCCCGCGCUGCACACCUCGAGAAACUGCGCCAUCUCUACACAAUCCCAGGACCCAUCCCAGAAUCAGUCACCGAAUCGCUCCACAACGUGCCAACACAAGAUGGCUCCUCAAUCCGUGCGCGGGUGUACCAGCCCGUUGCCGGCCCUCCCACCAGCGGAAGUCCACUAAUCAUGAUGUACCACGAAGGCGGCUGGAGUAUGGGCGACCUCACAGACGAAGACUUGAAUUGCCGCAUGUUCGCGCGCGACUUGGGCGCUGUUUGCGUGAAUGUUGAAUAUCGUCUCGCCCCCGAGCACAAGUUCCCCACCGGCGUCAACGACUGUUGGGACGCACUGAAAUGGGCUAUUUCCCACAGUGCAGAUCUUAAAGCCACGCCGUCGCGCGGACUGAUUGUCGGCGGCGCAUCAGCGGGCGGAAACAUCGCUGCUGUCCUUGCGCUCAGGGCGCGCGAUGAGGGACUCGAGCCGCCUAUCACUGGCCAAUAUCUCUGCGUGCCGGCUCUCCUGCCUGAUGCAAAUGUACCACCUCAUCUCGCGCAUUUGUACGAGUCGCGCACAAAAUCUACUAAUGACCCAGUUCUCAAGGGCAUACCGCCUGGCCUGAUCGAAGAGAUCUACGCGCCCGAUCCUAAGUCACCAUUGUGGGAUCCAUUCAAUCACCCCAAGGGGCACAAGCGCGCGGCGAAGGCUUUUUUUCAGAUUGGAGGACUGGAUCCGUUGAGGGAUGAGGCGGUGCUGUAUGAUCGGGUCUUGAGGGAGGCGGGAGUCUUGACAAGGUUUCAGAUAUAUGCGGGCUAUGGACAUAUGUUUUGGACGAAUUAUCCGGAGAUGGAAGAGAGUAGGAGGUUUGUAGGGGAUACGCUGAGGGGGGUGAAGUGGCUUUUGGAGAAGUGAUGGGGCACUUUAAGGCUUCUGCAGUGGUCUUGCUGACAUGCACAAUCGGACCAUCUUUUUUUACUGAACCAAGACA